CAAGCAAAAUAUCAAACAAACCCUAGAAACACAAAACCCCGUUCGCCUCUUUUUCCUCCACGAUGAAGAAGCUUUCCACCACUUCCGCCGCCGUUGAUACCGCCGCCAACCUGAAGCGGAAGAGGGAAGACUACGAUAAAAGUGGCGGCGGUGGCGGUUCUGGUAGUGGUAAGGAGAAUUUUGAGGUUGAUUUUGAAUUCGGAAAAGUGAAAUUGGGAGAUGAAGACGGGAGUAAGAAGAAGGGGAAGAAGGGUUCGAAAGUAAAGGAGUUGGAGAAGGCAAAGAAGUUGAAGGAGGCUAAGAAAGAAGAUGUGGUGGUGGCAAAAAAGCAUUCAUGGAAGGCUGCAACUGAAAAGGCAAUGGGGGUGAAGGUCCAUAAUGAUCCAAAACUUUUGAAGAGGAGUUUGCAGAAGGAGAAGAAGAGGCGUGAAAAGAGUUCAGGGAAAUGGAAAGAUAGGGUAGAGACGGUGGAGAAGAUGAGGGAGGAGAAGCAGGCAAAGAGAAGAGGGAACAUAGAGGAGAGAGCUAGCCAGAAGAAGAUGAGGAAGAUUGCAAAGAGGGAGAAGAACAUGGUGUAGAUCACAUGGUGGACUAUCAUCGAUGCCAAGUCUUGCAAGAACUUGGACUCGGGGAAGUUGCAGUGUACACAUGAACUACAUGGGCCACAAACAUCAAGAACCUCCAUUUUUAAGCACCAAUGGAGAGACGGAAAGUUUAAGCACCAAUGGAGAGGCGGAAAGCACGGGUGGCAGGAUGCGGUGGUGGACGAGGUUUUCCUGCCAAAUUACGUGUGGCAUGUGGUGGAUUUAGAAGGACCGCCAUUGAAGAGUUUGCUCAAGAGGUUCUACGGGAAGGCUCCAGCUGUGGUUGAGCUAUGUGUGCAGGCAGGGGCUCCGGUACCCUUCUAGUUUUAUUAUAAUGAU